AUGGACUUCUCCGUGCAGCAGUACCCCACUGUGGAGGAAACCAUCAUAAAUAAUGCCUCUUUACUAUAUAGACGAAAGAAGCAUUUCCUCACCAACCUCAGGCAACUUGUGGAUGGGAUAGGCUACGUUGUCAUUGGCCUCAUCUACCUCAGAGACAUCCUGAUGUUGUUUGCCGCCUUACGAGCAUUUAUCCACUAUUGCAUCUCAAACCCCUAUCCCACCCCAUCUCCAACGGUUACUGUCAGCGACGUUGCCAAAAAACGCAUGAAAAAGUUCAUUCUUACCAGCAUUCUCACCGUUAACGUCAUCUGCUUGCUAAAGCACCUUCUAUUUGGUGUCUACACUGAACUGAUCACGGAAGACGGAUACUUGUACGGAGGCAUGACCCUUCAGUUCAUUGGCGAGCGCCUUCCCCAGCUGCGGUUAGCGCUUCUAUUUCUUGACAUGCUAAUCACGCUCAUCCAGAUCGUGUACCACCAUCUCAUGUGCUGCACUGACGACUCGGCGGUGCUCAAAACGAGGCCGUUGGAGAUCAGCGAAGAGGACACGUCGUGUCGUCUGGAGAUCGAGGGUGACGGCUACAAUGGGAACGUGUCGCUUAUUGCGCUAGACAUCUUCCAGGGAAUAGUAGAAACGCUACUGUUUUACGAGACAGGACUGGGCAGUCUCUGGGAGAUGAAUACAUGGAAUGAAGAUCUGACGAACGAGCAGCCGAUUACACCGAGAAGAGACGGACAAGCCCCUCAAAUGCUGCUUUCGCAGUUAUUAGCAUAA